GGGAGGAGGGAGGGGGGGGAGUGUGAGUGAGAAGGCGACGAUGAGGGAGCAGUGGUUUGCGCUGUCUGAGCGGCUUCAGAUGAGCCCCUUCUCUGCCGUCGCCACCAAGCUGCAGAUGCACCUGCCCCUGCACGCCACGCUCGCCGCGCUCUUCCUCGCCUGCCACUACCUGCGCCUGCCGCUCCUCCCCACCGACAUCUGCCACCUGGCGCUCGCUGGUUCACUGCCGUACCUGUCGGCGUGGCGCCAGCUGCCGCCCUUCCAGGGGUACCCCUCGUCCGUGCCGCCCGCGUCGCUGUUCCGCCCGCUGGCCCUGUCGUCCGCGCGCCUGCUGGAGCUGCUGGCGGCGUCAGGCGCCGCUGCCAUCGGGCUCGCCCUGCCGCCCGUCAACUUCCGCCUCCUUGGGGAGCGCUUUCUGGAGGAGCUGCACCUGCCACUGCCUCUCUUCGCCCCUUUCCUCCACCGCCUCUUCGACCUCCUCUGCCCCUCGCCCUCUCUCCCCUCCUCCCCAUUCUCCUCCUCCCUGCUGCCGCGUUUCCACCUGGCGGCGCGCCCCUCUGCCUGGCCCACGCGGCUGUACGUCAUGGCGGCGGUGCUCACCUCCCUCAAGCUCGCCCUCGCCAUCGGCUCCUGGCCGUCCCUCAAUGCCGCCGCCUCCACCCCCCCCUCCUGCGCUUCCCCUGCUGCGCCGCACACCCCCGCUGUAUCUGCCAGUCCGCACACCCCCGCUGUAUCUGCCAGUCCGCACACCCCCGCUGUAUCUGCCAGUCCGCACACAAGGUCGCUAACUGGUGCAUCUGGGCAUCCCGGCUCUGUGGCAGCAGCAUCAACAGCAGCGGCACCACCACCAUCACCUCCAGCAGUGGCAGCAGUGGCAGCUGCAGGCGGCGCGGGGGUUGCGGGUGCUGUGUGUUCAGCCGCUGCUGCUGCCCCUCGCGCCACAGUGUCGCUGGCACGGGGCGCUGUGUCGGGGUGGCAGCACAUGGUGGCACAGCGCAGGGCAGCGCAGGGGAAGGUGCAGGCGAGGGAAGGCGAGGGGCGUGGGGAUGAGGGGGGAAUGGUGGCGAGGGAUGGGCGUGGGGGUGGGGAGGAGUGGGACGUGCAGCGGGUGCUCAAGGCAGUGGAGGGCAGCCGGCAGCAGCUGCUGCAGCUGCAGACGCAGACAGCCGCACAGGGGGGCAGGGGCAGGACAGCGGGAGGGGGGGCGGAUGGAGCAGCAGGGCGAGCCCCCCUCCUCCUCCGGCACUACCUGGACCACUGCCAGCGGCACCUGUUUGCCCCCGACGCCACGCGCGGCGCCGACACGUCGUCACUUGACAGAGAGCUGAGGGCGCACCUGCACGCCGUCUUCCACGCCCGCUACCCCACUGGGGGUGAGGCGCACGCAGACGGAGACGAGGCGGCGCCAGGGCGCGGCAGGGAGGGAAUGGAGGGGUGGAGGAGGGAGGCGACGGAGAUAGCGACAGGUGGUGCCGGUGGGGGGACGGAGGAAAGAGCAAGGGAGGAUGGAGGGACGGAGGGGGGGGAGGAGGUGAGGGGGAGGGGCGAGGGCGGCAAGUGGUUCCCGGUGCGCGUGGAGGACGUGGAGGCCGACAUGCGGCGCUGCGACUUUGUCAUGGCGCCCGCCCUGCCGCAGCCCCUACGAGGCAGCGAGGUGGUGUACUACGAGCGCCCCAAGGCGCGGAUGCCAUUUCUCGAGGCCCACGCCGACCUCUUCGUGCUGCUGCGGGCCGCCGCCAGGGUGGCGCGGGUGCACGUGAGGGCGCUGCACUUGUGCAUGAUGGAGGUGGAGGAUGCGCUGGUGGGGGUGGAGGCACGGCUGCAAGCUAACAACACUUGACCAGUGGAUGGGUGUGCGUGUGCUGGUGGAGGCAGGGCAGCAGGGUGCACGUGAGGGCAAGGGCACGGCACUUUUGUGUCUUGUUUGCCAUGGAGGUAAAAUAUCCGCCUAUGAGGGUCGAUGACGGCGGCAAGGUUUCUAGGAGACGGGGCUGCGAGCGGCGAGGCGGCAGGGUUAGCUAGGCGGGGAGGUGACGGGGCCUGCUAGGCUACGGGGCCGGCUGAGGGACGGGGCCGGCUAGGAGACAGGGCUGGCUGUGCAACGGGGCCGGCUAGGCGACGGGGCCGGUUAGGCGACAGGGCCGACCGGGCGAAGGGGUCGGCUGGGCGACAGGGCCUGCUAGGCGACGGGUUCAGCUAGGAGGCGGGGCCAGCUAGGAGGCAAGGCCGGCUGGGAUAUGGGGCCGGCUAGGUGACGGGGCCGGCUUGGCGACGGAGCCGCCUAGGCGACGAGGCCGGCUAGGCAGCGGGGCCGGCUAGGAGUCGGGGCCGCCUGGGCUACGGAGCCGGCUAGGCAACAUGGCCAGCUAGGCGACGGGGCCUGUUGAACGGCGGGGCCGGCUAGGCGACGGGGAUGGCUGGGCGACGGGGUCGACAAGGCGACGGUGGCCGGCUGGGCGACGGGGCCUGCUAGGCAACGGCGUCAGCUAGGAGGCGGGCCCGGCAAGGAGGCGAGGCCAGCUGGGCUACGUGGCCGGCAGGGCGACGGGGCCGACGAGGCGACGGGGCCAGCUGGGCCACGGGGCCGGCUGGGCGACGGGGCUGACUAGGCGACGGGGUCAGCCAAGAGGCGGGGCUGAUAUGUUGGACAGUACUCUCUAAGAGCAUACACCUAUUCUAGCCUUUAACUUCUACAUGCAAAUGUAGGUAUAAGUUGUCACACCCCCUAGGCUAGAUAAGGGGUAGGGCUGAGCAAGAAGCACACAGCUCAGGGUGGUACUACUAGUUCAACCACUGAGAUUGGGGUCCGAAGUCCAGUCAGCAAGAGUACAAAUAAGACACGAGCAAACCAGGGCGGCACUACUAGUCCGACAACUGGAAGAGGAACCACAAGGCCAGUCUGAGAGA